AGAUUCUCUAAGAGUAUUAAUUGAAGAUUCUCUAAGAGCAUUAAUUGAAGAUUUUCUAAGCAUAUUAAUUGAAGAUUCUCUAAGAGUAUUAAUUGAAGAUUAUCUAAGCAUAUUAAUUGAAGAUUAUCUAAGCAUAUUAAUUGAAGAUUAUCUAAGCAUAUUAAUUGAAGAUUAUCUAAGAGUAUUAGGGGCAGGUAAAUCGCUCAGACUUGAAAUGGAAGAUAUUUCCAAAAGAAGACUGCAAAAAGAAAUAAACAAAGAAUAUGACAUCCAAUAGCUUGUAGAAAGACAAUAACUUAAACCUCUAACAAAAAAGACAAAUAAGAAACAAAUACAGUAACAAACAAUCAUUAAUCAAAAACAACAUAAACACACCACAAACCCAUGAAAGCACCUCAACCAGCAGAAGAAAACAGAACACAAACACAUGCACUGACAUUAACAUAACCUCAAAGCCUCACUUUAAGUCAAAGAACCAAACUCCAAUCAGAAAUGACAUGUACAUCAAGCAACACAAACAACAUGCCAAGAUAAAUAGGAACAGACACAACAAAGACAAGAAGAAAACAUAUCUAAAACAAACACAAACCAAAUAGGAUGAUAAUAAAGAAGGAAAGGAAGAGGAUUUUUCCUGGAUAAUUAAGGUUGGUCUUGCGAACAUGAAUGACAACAAGCGCUCAAAGAGUGCAGUGAAUUUGCAGAAUGACAGAGGAGGUGAUAAUCAGUUUAGAUGCAAUCAGUAUGGCCAGAACUCAGGGGAUUGGCAGUAUGAUAAUAAGUCUUUUAGUACAAAUGCAGUUGACAGUUCCGUAGAUCGUCCAUUACAUAGUGGUGGUUCACAGAAUGACAGCUCAUACUUGGGCCAGCAGAGGAAUGCCCCCUACAGAAGUGGUCAACAUAGGGACAGUACACUAAGAAGUGGUCCCAGCAGAGACAACUCCGGUGGAAGCAACCCUACUUGGAGAAACGCAUCCAGAGAUAAUUCCACGAGGGGUGGCCCAAGCAGGGAUGGUCCAUACAGAACUCACCCGUAUAGACGUAGCCCAAGUAGGAAUAAUCCUGCCAGGGAGAGGAUCAACUCUUAUCGAGCUUAUGAUCGCAGUAGUGAGAGAGAAACUCCUCAGAAACAAAGUAGUGAUGUAGGAGGAAUUCUUGGUCGGAAUGGGGGAAACACAAGCAAAAGACAUGACAGUGCGCUGGGUGAUUGCAGCUACAAUGGUGACACAAGCUACAGACAAGUUGCUCCACCGCCUCCACCAUGCCUGAAUCCUUCCGUGUCUGCUGCUAAUUCGGGCAAUCAGGGAAUUAAUGACUACCUGGCUGAGAAGUUGGGUGAAUAUUCUGUGAACAGUAGUGCAGAAGCACAGCAAGCUUUGAAGAUCAUCAACAUGUUCUUAAAACCCAUCCAAGAAUAUAAUAUCAAGCUUCAAGAUGCAAAAGCCAUUGCUCUGGUGAGUGUGGCAGAGAUGAAUAUUCAGACGCUUAUGGAACGAGAUAUCUUCUCUUAGUGCUUUUGAGGUGGAAAGAGUAACAGAAUGUUGAGGUGGAAAGAGUAACAGCAGUGUAUGUGAAAUAUUUCUUGGAAGGUGUUCUUUGACAUAAUGUAACAAGUGGCUUUCAUCGUGUGAGAGUUGACGUAGGAGUAUUGGGGACACGUCGCAUUAAGAUUUGAAAGAUAAUGCGAAUCACAAUUGUAUUGGUAACAUUUUCAAAAUUUGAUAAUGUGAGGUCAUAUUCCUACUAUUUUUUUUUUUCUCCUUCCAUUUAUUAUACUGCAGUAUAAUAUACUACUUAAUAUUAUUUAUAUAUGUGUUUUUUUUUCUAAUAUUUUCAUUAAUUAAAAUUUGAGCCAUUGUGUCACUAUAAUGCUAUCUGUAUGAUAUGUGAAUCUGUUCUGGAAAAUACCUUUUAUGUAAAGACAAAUAAAAUCUGUGAUGGCCAAA